AUGAUCUCUCUCACCCAUUUUCUCAUCUUUUCUCUCUUUUUUCCGGGUGCAUUUCUUGCGCCGACGCAGGCCCCACUCACUACGCGUGAGUUGCCAAGAAUCACCGUUUGGACUCCUCGUUUCUCUGUUGACGAGCCUGAGCACAUCCACACGAUAGCGGCGCGGCGUGCACUUCGCGGUCGCUUUCUCCAUGUCACUGACAUCCAUCCCGACGCACACUACGUUACCGGGUCGUCUGAGUCGUCUGCGUGCCACAGGAAGAAACCCAAGAAGGAGAAAGCGCGGGCAGGGAAAUACGGGACACCACACAGCGAUUGCGACUCGCCGCUACGGUUGACCAAUCACACGCUAGACUUUCUCGAGAAGAAUUGGGCAUCGGAAAUAGAUUUCGUCAUCUGGACUGGAGACAAUGCUAGACACGACAACGAUCGGAAGCUUCCCCGGACGUUAAACGAGAUAUACGACCUGAAUCGGGCGGUGGCGAGACGGAUGGAAGAGAUCUUUUUGUCGAGGGGGAUACCAGUUGUGCCGAGCUUGGGGAACAACGACAUUUGGCGCUCUGAUACUUCCAUCGUAGGACCCAACAACAUCAUUAGUCAAUUCUCAUCAAUAUGGAGGAAUUUCGUCCCUUUCGCAUCCUAUCAGGUCUUUCAACGCGGAGCAUACUAUUCUACGGAGGUCAUACCCAAUCAAGUGGCCGCCAUCAGCCUAAACACAUUAUAUUUCUAUGACUCGAAUAAAGCGGUCGGCGGAUGUGAAUUCGGUGAUCGAGACGACCCCGGAAAUCUUCAACUGGACUGGCUAGAAGUACAGCUCGAGACGUAUCGUGAGAGAGGGAUGCAAGUCUGGCUUACAGGUCACGUACCUCCAUCUUCUGGAAAUUACUUCCCCGAGUGUCAUGUCCGCUAUGCGGAACUCUCGUUGAGGUUUCAAGAUACGAUUUUGGGCCACAUCUACGGGCACAUGAACAACGAUCAUUUCUUUUUCGUAGAGGCGGACGACCUGCAAUUCCCUCCAUCAUCCAAGAGCGAUGCACGCAAGCCCGGAACGUUCGCACAUGAUGAAUUAUAUGAAAAUCUCAUUGAAGACUUUGCGACUCUGCCUCAGUCGCCGAAGAAGACGAACUACGACAACUACGGGGUCGUCAACGUCUCGCCUUCUGUUGUGCCCAAUCCAUAUCUUCCUUCUUUCAGGAUCUUCUCGUACAAUGUGACAGAGGCUGAGCGAGCUGAGGAGAUAAAGGCGGAGAGUCUGAAGAAGAAGACGAAGAAGGAUCGGAAGCCAGGGCACAAUCACGGCGCUGACGAGCGGGACAAGCUCUGCAAGGAAGCCGAAUAUCAGGAAAGCUGGCGAUGUCAACUUCGAGAACCUUGGCAUUCUGAUGCCGCAGCACCGAGCAGACGGAAUACGCUCUGGACGCCGCUGGGGUACGCGCAGUACUACAUCCCGGAGCGACAGCUGGUGAACAGGACACAUCGGCCCAAGUUCAAGCUGGAGUACUUGACGUACGAGCUCGAGGCACUUCACGCGCAGGACGUAUCGGAGAGCGGGAAAUACGAGUACCCAGUGCCUCUGCGGCAUCUGCCCCAUGCGGUGCGCCAGGGGAAGGGGGCGAAGUACGCGCCGUACGGGCUGAGGGACCUGACGGUGUCGUCGUGGGUGGGGCUUGCGUCGCGGCUGGGGGGCAGGAAGGAGAAGAAGCUUCGUAGACGGUUUCGGAAAUACAUGUACCAGGACUGA